AUGGCGGAGUCCAUCGCACGCCCCUGGAUCGCGAAACAUUUGCUUCAGAUCGCCGAGACACGCGGAGCAAACAUCCACGACGCGCCGCCGGAGACGAAGAAACGGAAGAUUCAAAUCACAAAAUUCCUCACGUUUCCUCCCAAUCACCAACCGAAUGACAUCAUUUGGGCUUUCAUCUCUGACAAGCAGUAUGAGAUACCAGUCAAGUUUACAGCAGCUGCAGUUACUGCAUAUAACAGAAUAAAUGACGUUUUUGGUGCAGCCGAUGAUGAACGCCGGUUGACGACGCAGCGCUACGCUGUUGCUGUCGUCGGCGAUAUCAAGGCCUUCUUCGCACGCGUACCAAUUGGUAACGGAAAGGGAAUGACUGUGGACGAGUGCAUUGCGUUUGAGAUCGGGGAAGUGCGUGUUCUGGGCUCGGGCCAUGAGGGUAUCUUUGGGAACCCGGCAAACAUUGAGACGCAUGAAGAUAUACAAGAAUGGGUUUCGGGUCUUAGGCAAGGAGGCGGGGCAGGAAAUGUUCUAAAGCGAGAACGAACACAAGAUGUACCAACGAAGCCGGCGGUGCAGCAACAGAAUAUCUCACUUCAAGAGCACAGCGCGGUCCCAAUGAAGGAAACAACCGUACUAAAAUCCAGUGCUGUUGCAAACUUACCCCCACGGAAAGAAGGGCAGUCCAAAACACCAUCUGAUAAAUUCAAAGCUUAUCUACGGAAGUGGAAGGAGGUAGAACGUAUAAAUUCCAUUCCUCGACCUAUUUCCGAAGAACUGCAAGCGCAAUUUGACCAGAUUCUCCGAUUUGGUCAAAAGAUCCGCGGUGGGGAGAAACGUGAACCACCUAUCUUGGCGUAUGAAAAACAAACGUCUGAAAAUGCCUACGAUGGUGAUGGCGACCGUCAGCAGGACGGCACAGUCAUUGAACAAGCGGCUGACUCGAGAGGAGAAGUGGUCACAAAGCCCGAAACUACUGCACCAUGCGAAGCAAAAAUCUCUGAACAUGAGGAAGUCGUUAAUGAUAGUCAGGAGUCGGGACCCCAUCAGAGCACACCGUCCGAGUGGGAAGAUUCCGAGGAUGAGAGGCCGGAGCCGAAGGGCGAACGAGGUGAAGAAGUCGCUGAUUCCAUCGCCGCGCGACAGCAGAGUCAACGUCGGGAGCAUUCAGGGUCUGAAUAUUCUCCCUCCGAACGUGACGAAACCUCAGUAGAGGAAGAUUCUGAAGAUAUGGAGGAUGUGAUUGAUGAGAGUGCCGAUGAACAAAGUAGGGACAGUGACGAAGGUGAAGAGCACAGCGACCGCAGUGAUGAGGAGAACUCCGCAGAGUGGUUUCCGGGACCGACUCCUGCGCAGCGCCGCAAGCAGACCUUUGGGACUGCUGACUCCUCACCUUCACGUCCCCACAUUCCUUCACAACCCGAACCGUCUCAAAAUGGAGCCUCCGAGUUACCAUCCAGCCUUCCUAUCGCAGCCUUUCCAUAUCAUACCUCGUCUAAACGUCCUUCAGAUCGCAGUGGCAUAAUUCUGCCGCUGGCAACUUCACAAUUAACGCAGUCCCAGCCUGAAGGUCCGCAGUCCUCUCAUCUACCGCCUGAUAAAAGUAUCCCUUCACAGGAGAAGUCCGAGGGUGCUCCCAGAAUUCUUGUACCAGACUCAGAUACGUCAGGAGCUCAGAAUUCACAGUCGCAGUCGCAGUCCCAAUCACAGCGUCAAAUAAACACUCGAUCGCAAUUUCUACCCCAGAGCAAUGAUAGCCAUCCCUCACAACACCUACACGCCCCCAGUUCAGAUCGUGUUCCUGAGAAUACGACCAGCUCAGCCAUUAACGCUACCGAUCAAGCAGAACGUCGACUGUUAGCUCAAAGCCGCUCGCUCACCCAACCUCCGAAGGGAACACUGACGUCUCAUAACAAAAGUCAAACGGCCUCAAGAAUGACUUCGUCUCAGCCGCAGAACAAUGAGGCGACAGAAUCCCGGACUCAGUCCGAAACGCAGCCAUCACAUGAGGAAGUUAUCAGUAUGCCCAAGCAAGCCACUGCGAUGCCUGUGGAGAUAACGGAUAACGCCAUCCCUCAGCCGCAGAGCGGAGAACAACCUUCGUCAGUAACUCAGGACGAUUCUCAAACAAUCCAAUCACAUACAAGGUCGUCUAACGAGAUCCAGGAAUCCGUCCCAGUAACACAAGAUCCUGCGGAACCAGAAACGCUAGCAUCUUUGGAUGCGGACGACGCACGGACCCUUGCUCUAGUGUUUGGAAGUUCCACCGAUGAUUCCAAGCUUUUGCCUACAGAUAAGGAUCUCGACGAUCCAUUUACAGAGCCGCAGAAGAAUGGAGAGUCCAGCAGGCAAACGUCAGAACGCGACGUCGUUCAGCCUGAUGCGAGUAACGAACAUAACGCGAAGCGCACUGCCCGAGAAUCUUUCCGUUUGUCUCGUAUUCAAGGGUCGCCUAGCGCUCAUCUUGGCAAGCAUCCACGUUCCUCAUCUCCGGACCUUCAUUCUGCGAGCCUCUCUUCUUCUGCAACGAAAGAACGGGAAGCGAGCCAUGGACGGAAGAAAGCACGCAUAUCUUCAUCUGCCAAUUCUGCUGCUAGAAAGGUUGCAAAACCACCAGUUUCGCAUGAUAGCGAGGCAUGGAAGGCACCCACUUUCCAGCAAAAGCGCGAAAGAGAAAGACGUCUGGUUGUACAGAGCAGACACGGUGAAGACCAGGAUGCACCUAUGGCAUCGGUGGAUACCAAUAGGAACAAAGAGAAAGGCAAGCAACGUGCUGUUGAGCCGGAGCCGACUUUACAGUCGACUGGAACGUCUGUAGCUACAGGCACCUCAGCAGCAGGACCCCAGAAUCACGAAAGUAGAAGUUUAGGCUCGUCCCAGACAAUCUCAACUGGAAACGCAACGCGAACCGAACAGCUCUCAAAAGCCAAGCAUGAGCAAGACGGGUCACAUAUCUCAGCUGUUCCUAGUACGAGCAGCGUCAAGCCUAGGGGCUCUGGAACCCGUCCGGAUAAAAGAUCGCGCCUUGGUGGGUUUACAGUUGACUUAGCGGUGAGAAACAGGCAUCCAAGUGUUCAGAGCAGAAACGGCGAAGACCAGGGUGCGCCUGCAAUAUCGAUGGAUACCAGUAGAAGCAAAGCCAAAGGCAAGCAACGCGCUGUUGAGCCGGAGCCAAGUUUACCGUCUACUGGGGAGUCCGUAACCGCAAAGACCUUCACAACAGCAUCUCAGGAUCUCGGAGACAGACGUUUGGACUCGUCACAAACUAUCUCAAGCAGUUACACGACGCGAACUGAACGGGGCGGUUCGCAUGUCUCGUCCGCUCUUCCCAGCACGAGCAAUGUCAAGCCUAGAGGCUCCGGAACCAAGUCGGAUAAAAGACCCCGCCUGGGGGGUUUCACAGUUGAUUUGACGCCGCGCAACGAACCAGGAGGACCAAGGUGGUUGACUUGGGCUGACGCGGUUCAAAUUUUGCGAAGAAUAGCGGAGCAACGGGAGGAACAGGGGUGA